UCACGUGGUUAGGCCGGUGAGGCUUAAAUAAGUCUCCUAGAAAUAAAAUGAUUAUAUUCGAGGGUUAGUAUUCUGAAUCCCUUCUUAAUACGGACCUAACGUAAAAAGGAUGACUUCGUUAAUUGGGUGCUUUGUCUGCUACAUUUCCUUCCUCGCUCUGGAGGUCCAAGGAACAUAUCAACUUUAUGGAGGAUACGGUCCUCGGCAGCAGCACGCAGACAGCCCUGUCGUGCCACCACAAACCUUUCAGCGGAGAUACCAACAGCAACUACCAUUUCGGAGUGUUCAACAACCAGCUCUGUUGUUUCAGAAUCAGAAUCAAAGAGUUCACGGCAAUAAUUACAGGUUUUAUGGCUAUCACUACUAUCACCAACCACCCAGAAAAUGGCCACCAGUCAGGUACCUUCGGCCCACACCACCCCAUCCACCCGAACAGCUGGUCAGUACCCCAAGCGGCAUUCCCACUCCCAUCAUCAGUGCUGUCACAGAAACCCACUGCAGAAGCCGCCCCCUAGAUCUGGUGUUCAUCAUUGACAGCUCCCGUAGUGUACGCCCUGCAGAAUUCGAGAAGGUAAAAGUCUUCCUGUCCGACAUGGUGGACACCCUGGACAUUGGCGAGGACGCCACCCGUGUGGCAGUCGUAAACUACGCUAGCACGGUGAAGAUCGAGUUCCUACUCAAGACGUACUUUGACAAGCCCAGCAUGAAAGCAGCACUGGCCCGCAUCGAAUCCUUAGCGGCUGGCACCAUGACAGGCCUGGCCAUCAAGACAACCGUGCAGGAGGUCUUCAGAGAGGAGUCGGGUGCCCGGCUAACUAACAAGAACAUUGCCAAAGUGGCCAUCAUCGUGACGGAUGGGCGGCCCCAGGACAAGGUGGAGGAAGUAUCGGCGGCGGCGCGGACGACAGGCAUCGAGAUGUACGCCGUGGGAGUGGACAGGGCGGACAUGAUGUCCCUGCGUCUCAUGGCCAGCCAGCCGUUGGACGAACACGUGUUCUACGUGGAGACUUACGGUGUCAUCAAGAAGCUCACAUCCAAGUUCAGGGAAACCCUGUGUGGCAUGGAUGCCUGUGCCUUGGGACACGACUGCGACCACGUGUGUGUCACUGACCACAACUCCUACACCUGCGAAUGUCGAGAAGGCUAUACGCUGAACGCGGACAAGAAAACAUGCUCACCAGGUUCUGUGCAAAUCCAAAACCUAAACCAAAACAGAAACCAAAACCAAAGUGGAUCAGGUUUGAACGGUUGGUGCACCUCUAUUCCAGAAUACACGGGCUUGAUAUCCAAAUGCUGCUGUUGUCAUGCGCAUGUCCAGUGCUUGAAGCGGAUUGGAAUAACUCAUUAUAAGUACUUUCGAAAUCUAGUUGCUGGAACUCUACAGUGUUUUUGCAGGAAUUUAUGCUCUAGAAAAAAAUUAUGGUGGCCCUAUGUAUUCCAUGCUGAAGUCAAGCACUGUGCUUGGCACAAUCCAAUGCAGUUACGCCGUCAUUGCUAGCUAACAUUGCUAUGACCCCCCCCUUCACCUAACAGCUUACACACAGUGAGGUUGUUGUGAUAUGUGGGCAUUGCUUCUUUAGCAUUCACACUGCAGGGCAGCCCAGGGGACAGGCCAGGACCUGCUCUUGGUCAGUAAUGGCCCCGAGAGUGUCGGACAACAUGGGCAACAAAUGUUUUGUGGAGUGUCUGGCGGACUUACUCCAAGUGGGCCUUGGUGCUGAACAGGUUCGUCUGAUCCGGUACUCCUGCCGGGUCCAGACAGAGUACCUCUUAAACCACUACCGAACUGCCAAGGCUUUGGCGAAGGUGGCAAGCGGUGUU